AUGGCCAAAGCAAUGCUUCAUGAGAAGAAUAUGCCUUACUCUCUAUGGGCAGAAGCUGUUCACACAGCUGUGUAUCUCUUAAAUUGUUCACCCACCAAGGCACUGGAAAAUAUCACUCCAUUUGAAGCAUAUAGUGGCAGAAAACCAGGGUACAGGGUAUUUGAUCCUUUCACUAAGAAGUUGGUUCUGUCAAGAGAUGUUGUGUUUGAUGAAAGUAUGACCUGGAACUGGAAAGCGCAUACAGAUACUCAAGAUCAAUCUAAAACUGAGAUUGAUUUCAGUCUACAUGAAGUAACAGAAGUAGACAACAAUUGUGCUAGUCCUUGCAGCUCUCCUCAAGCUCAAGAACAAGAGAGAAAUAUCCAUGACACUGCUGAGAUCACUAAACCUUAUGAUCAUACAGCAGUUAAGUGGAGAAGCAUAAAUAAUAUUCUGGCACAAUGCAAUCUCUGCAUUGUGGAGCCAGAGAAACCAAGUGACAAACAAGUUAUUGGAGUGAAAUGGGUGUUCAAGACCAAAUUGAAUCUAGAUGGUUCAGUGCAAAAGAACAAGGCAAGAUUGGUUGCUAAGGGAUAUGUGCAGAAACCAGGAAUUGACUAUAAUGAGACCUUUGCUCCAGUUGCUAGAUUGGACACAAUCAGGACCUUAAUUGCUCUUGCUGCACAAAAGGGCUGGAAGUUAUAUCAACUAGAUGGCAAGUCAGCAUUCUUGAAUGGAAAGCUGCAAGAAGAAGUGUAUGUUGAGCAACCUGAGGGAUUUGUGAUUCAAGGCAAAGAAGAUAGAGUUUAUAGACUGCACAAGGCUCUUUAUGGGUUAAAAUAG